UGACGAGAUAAGCUGAUCUUACUACCAGCCUCUUUAUCACUGAGUAAACAACUCGCCAUCGACCUCACAGAAUCGAUACCAUCUUGCUCAUCAACAAAAGUUUAUCAUCAUGACGAGCCACCAGCCCGACCCUGAAACCUGCGGAUGCCCUUUGGUCAACGGCCAAAUGCUAGAAGUGAUCACUUGCCAAGCUUGUUCCGGCAGUAUGCGCCAGUGGUGUGGAAGUUGUGACAACAUUGGCUGGGUCUACAGACAUUGCACUCACGGCGUACGUGCCACAUCGUCAUACCCAUUGAGCGGUGCCGCUCCUGGUGGCUCUGGAGGCAGUGGUGGAUUUAAUGACGGGCGCGAUGGGAGAUGUGGUCAGCAUGGUGGCUGGGCACCAACAUCUCAUGGACACGGACGCGCCGCAUAGUGUGAUGUGAAGCGAAGGAUGCUGAAGGUAUCGGGAUGCACAACCAACAGGGCACGGUUGUGCUGACGUUGGGCUAAAGACAGGAGUACAAGGUUAUGUUGUGUUGGGCAAGGUGUUUGAGGGUUGUGCUUUGGUCAGGGUCUUGAAUGUUUGAUAUCUCUUUGUUUUCCAUUUUCAAUGGUUCAGGGGUUUGGGUGUUUGGUUUCCGGUUUUUGUUUUCCCUCGUUUUCCCAUUCCCCUUUUCUUCUCUGCAGGUGUCCAGGGGCCGCACAAGAUUUUUUUGUUGGCUUCAGAUCAGUUGAUCUGGCAGUUAUCUGGCAUUGCGCUGCGUCGCGUUGCGUGCGUCGGGUUGCAGUCUCGGGACUGCAGCCUGGGCACAAAGAAGGAAUAGGUCGGAAAAGAAUCAUUCGCUCCAGCUCAUUCCGUGUCAACCGAAUACUAUUUCAACCCUCGGUUGGAGCCGAGAAGGUCAUCGGAUUCUGCUUAGACACGUUACCACCUGUCGUCCUAGAUGGCUCAGUGCCACCCAUGUCAACGCUGCUGCUACCAGCCGCAUUCCCG